AUGCCCGAUGCAGGCACCUGCCCCAUACCCUACCCGGACCGCUUCCACGUAGCGAAGUACUUUGUGUCAAAACUUCCAGGCGACGCCAUCAAGGACGAGCCGAAGCUGCUGCUGUAUGCGCUGAGCCAGCAGGCCGUCCUGGGCCCCAACACAUCGCCGCAGCCGUGGGGGUGGAACGUCGUGGACAGCGCGAAAUGGCAGAGCUGGAGCCAGCUGGGCAAGAUGGCGCGGCUUGAGGCGAUGCGGCUGUAUGUCAAGACACUGGAUGAGGAGCAGCCUGAGUGGUGGGACCGCCUGCCAGACGGCUGGGAGGCGGCCGCGGCCGAGGCGGCCAGCGCGGGCGCCCUCGCAGCGGGCGCGCCGGGCGCCGCAGCGGCGAACGGCGGGGCGCCGUCCGCGGGCGGCGCCGCCAGCAUCAGCAACGUACUGCAGGAGGGCGCAUGGGUCGUGAUCCAGGACGACGGCCGCAAGCCGCUGCCUCGGUAUGAGCAGGGGGCGGCGCUGCUGGGGACUCAGGUCUUCAUGCUCGGCGGGCACUAUGCGGGGCGCUACCUGGAGGACUUUUGGAUCUAUGAUCUGGGCACCCUCCAAUGGUCCCAGGCGCGGGCCACCGCGGCGGCUGCGGCGGCGGCAGGACAGGGGGAGGAUGGCAGUGGCGGCGGCGGCGAGGGCGCGGCGCUGCUGGCGGCCGCGGCGCUGCCGCCGAGCGCGGGUCACUCGGUGACGGUCUGGGGGGAGCGGCUGCUGGUCCUGGGCGGACACACCAAGGACAAGAAUCCCAAGGCCAAGAUCGCCGCGCGCGUGCUGGACCCCUCCACAAUGGAGUGGAGCGCCCUCGCCACGACCGGCCAGGCGCCAUGCGCACGCGGCGGCCAUUCGGCCACGCUGCUGGGCGAGAAGCUGUAUGUCUUUGGAGGCGAGGACUGCAGCCGCUGCCCGCUGGCUGACCUGUUUGUCCUCGACCUGGCCACCCUGGCGUGGACCAAGCUGGAGCCGCCGGGCAAGCAGCACGCCAAGCCGCCACCGCGCUGCGGCCACGCGGCCGUCGUGUGCCGCGACAAGCUCAUCGUCUUCGGCG